AAAGACACUCCUGACCCAGCCCGUCUAUUCUCUGAGAAAUGAAUGGUAGUGGAUGACCAUAACCAUUUCUCUCUCUCUCUCUCUUUCUCAUUCCUGUGAGAACGAACAUGUCGAAGCAAACAUACCGAGUGUGCUUAUGUUUUCAAAGAAAGUUCAAGCUAACUGUGGCUGAAGCACCGGCGGAGAUCAAAGCAAUAUUCGACCGUUACUCGGAGAAUGGAGUCAUGACCGUCAAUCAAUUGCACAAGUUCAUGGUGGAGGUUCAGGGAGAGGAGAAAGCCACGGAGGAGGAUGCAGAGUCUACAAUGGAAACUAUCCUCAAAGAGCUCAAACACCUUCAUCUCUUCCACCGCAAAAGCCUCAACCUCGAAGCCUUCUUUCGCUACCUCUUUAGUGACACUAAUCCUCUUAUCCAUCUUUCUAAGGUCUACCAUGAUAUGAAUGCCCCUUUGUCCCAUUAUUUCAUUUAUACAGGCCAUAAUUCCUAUCUUACUGGCAACCAACUGAGUAGUGACUGUAGUGAUAUCCCCAUCGUAGAAGCACUCAAGAGAGGUGUAAGAGUUAUUGAACUGGAUAUGUGGCCAAACUCCACCAAAGACAACGUGGAUGUUCUUCAUGGAAGGACACUAACAACUCCAGUAGAGCUCAUCAAGUGUUUAAGAUCAAUUAGAGAAUAUGCUUUUGUUGCAUCCGAGUAUCCUGUGAUAAUAACUCUAGAAGACCAUCUUCCUCCAAAUCUUCAGGCUAAAGUGGCCGAGAUGGUCACUCAAACCUAUGGAGAUGUACUGUUUUCCUCUGGAUCAGAAUGCCUAACAGAAUUUCCUUCUCCGGAGUCAUUGAAGAGGCGGAUUAUAAUAUCAACCAAGCCACCAAAAGAAUAUCUUGAAAGUAAGACAAUUAAGGAGAAGGAUAAUGGUUCCCACAAGGUGAAGGAUUCAUAUGAGGAAGAAGCAUGGGGAAAAGAAGUCUCAGAUCUUAAAGCCCAAUUUGAAGUCUUUGAUGAGAAUGACCCAGAGGAUGCAGAAUAUCAAGAUGAUCAUGAGGAACAUCGCAGUGAAGAGGUUCAAAACGUGCAGCAGAAACCUGAUUCUGAAUAUAAGCAUUUGAUUGCAAUUCAAGCUGUAAAACUGAAAGGUGGAAUCAAAGACUGGCUUACUGUCGAUCCUGAUAAAGUAAUUAGGAUCAGCUUGAAUGAACAGAAGCUUGAAAAGGCUGUUAUAAAUCAUGGAACAGAUAUUGUCAGGUUUACCCAGAGAAACUUGCUGAGGGUAUUUCCGAAAUCUACACGAUUUGACUCAUCAAAUUAUAAUCCCAUACUUGGGUGGAUGCAUGGAGCUCAAAUGGUAGCAUUGAACAUGCAGGGCUAUGGAAGGUCCCUUUGGUUGAUGCAUGGACUGUUUAGAGCCAAUGGAGGUUGUGGUUACGUGAAAAAACCAGACAUGUUACUUGAAGUUGGACCUCAUAAUGAGGUCUUUGACCCCAAAAGGAGUUUAACAGUUAAAAAAACUUUGAAGGUGAAAGUAUAUAUGGGGGAAGGCUGGUAUAUGGAUUUCCAUCGCACGCACUUUGACUUGUAUUCCCCACCAGACUUCUAUACAAAGGUUGGAAUUGCUGGAGUCCCUGCUGAUUCAGUGAUGAAGAAAACAAAGGCAAUAGAAGACAACUGGAUACCAACAUGGGAUGAAGAGUUCGAGUUCCCAUUGACUGUUCCAGAGCUGGCAUUGCUUCGGAUUGAAGUUCAUGAGUAUGACAUGUCAGAGAAGGAUGAUUUUGGAGGACAAACAUGUCUUCCUGUUUCAGAGUUAAGAACUGGAAUUCGGGCUGUGCCCCUAUACGACGAGAAGGGAGAGAAGUACAAGUCUGUAAAGCUACUCAUGCGCUUUGAAUUUGUCUGAUAGGUGAUGCUGUUGUAGACCAUCUCUGGUUUAGCUCCUUUAUGGUUGGGUGACCAAGUUUCAUGGCAUAUGCUACAUGAAUUAUCAUUUGCUUGUAACUAGUUCUUACAAAAUUAAGCUAUUACACUUCUUGAUGUAGGCUAUGUAAUUGUAUGCACAUAUGUUGUAUUCUCCUAGCAUUCUGCCUUUUUUUUUUUUUUUUUUACAUAUGAAGUGAGUCUGCAUCACCACCUUUGAGCUUGUUGGUGUAAUU